CUGAGUCUCCCAGAAGCUGCCCCACCAAGAUGUCCUGCAGAUUCGUGUUCCAGCUCCUGGGGCUCUGGCUGCUGCUGAGCCAGCCUUGCAGGGCGCGGGUCACGAAGGAGUGGCUGGACGAAGUCAUCCAUGUGUGCGGUCGGGAAUAUGUCCGUGCGGCUAUCGAUGUCUGCUCGAAGGCCAUUGGCGUGGAGGAGCCAGCUAGGCGACAUAGGCGAAUGACAGAGGAAGCUAUAACCUCCUUCAUCAAGGAAGACGCACAGCCUUUUGAAACGAUGCCUAAACGCCUUCCAAAUUCAUCAGAGGAGCCCCAGGCAGCACUGUCUGAGGGGCAUCCCUCUCUGCCUGAGCAGCAACAAUAUGCGCCUGUAUCGAGCGAUUCAGUUGGUAGCUUGGAAGACUUUAAGGAAAGUUUCGGUGCUACACAAGGUGAAGCCAAAGACAGCAGUCCUCCAGAGCUGAAAUCCUUACACUUGGACACUCUUUCCCGGAAAAAGAGGUACACCGGUGUUUACAUGAGUCAUCAGUGCUGCUUCCGGGGUUGCUCAAGAAGAUCUCUUGCUAGCAUCUGCUGA